CUUAUUUAUAUUAGCUUUUAAUCUAUAAUGUGGUUCUCCAAAUCAAAUUUCAUGCCUGGAGGUAAGACUGCCUUGGUCAUUGGUGCUUCUCAAGGAGUUGGUGCUGAUCUUGCUUUGAAACUAUAUCAUUUAAGAUGCUCAGUUAUCUUAGUUGCAAGAACUGAAGAGAAACUUAUAAAUCAAGCUGAAGAAAUUGAACGUUCUGCUUCUAUAAAUGAUAGUAAUUCCCCUGUUGUAUCAUACGUUGCCUGUGAUGUCUCUGAUUAUGAUCAAUGUGCUGAUUUAUGGAAGACAAUUACUAUUGAUCGCCAACAAGAUCCUGAUUAUAUAUUUUGCUGUGCCGGUAGCUCAAUCCCAAAGCUAUUUAAUGAUCUUACAGGGGCCGAUUUAGCUAGUGGGAUUGAUCUUAAUUACAAGACUGCACUCAAUGUGGUUCACUCUGGAUUCAAACAAACCUUGGCCAUUCACCAAGAUCUUAAGUUCAAUGAACAUAAGCUGAGACAUGUGGUCCUUUUUUCAUCAGUUGUUGCCUUUUAUCCAUUUAUUGGUUAUGCUCAGUAUGCUCCAUUAAAAGCUGCUAUUUCAUCCCUUUCAGUGGUCUUACGUCAAGAAUUAGGACCAUACAAUUAUCGUGUAUCUUGUGUCUUUCCUGGUAAUUUUGCAAGUGAUGGGUUCCUUGAAGAACAAAAGACCAAACCGGAGAUUACAAAACAAAUCGAAGGCCCAAGUAGUCCAAUUCCUUCCAGUAAAUGUGCUGAUAUGAUUAUUGACAGUUUGAGUAAAGGCUAUGAUACAAUUACUACUGAUUUCAUUGGUUGGCUAUUAGGAUGUUCAGUAUUAGGAGUCUUACCAAGAUCUUGGUCUGUCUUUCAAAUAACUGUGAGUUUUAUCUUUCUGAUUAUCGCUCCAUUGGCUAAUUGGGUGGUGUAUAGAGAUAUCAUCAAGUAUUUCCAAAAAAGAACAGCUCAGAUAAAAUCGAUUAGGUUGGUUUGA